AACACAGUGAAUCAGGAGGGCAUGGCACAGUUGGCCGAGCAAAAGGAAAAAGAGCUGUUGUGUAGCUCUAAUGGGAGAUGGCGACGCAGUUUGUUUUCCUUUCUUGCCUGGCAUGCAGUCAAAGAGCGGCCGGUUAUAUGCCUUGUUCAUGUACCAACUCGCGCAUAUACCGUCUUCGCUUCGUGUGCCCCCACCAAAUCUAUGUUUGCAGCUUCCACCACGGCGGUAGUGGCAUGUGUUUUACGUAUACUCCCCUCUAGUUCAUCGGUGAAGACUAAAACCAGGUCUAGAUUUUAGUACGCAUCAGAAUCUCCGACUAUGAGAAGUUUUCACACAUCCGAUCGUAUUCUCCAUAGAUUUGUAUCGAACAGUUAUGACGCAGGUUUCUCAGCACGCGAAAUUUCGAUACAUGACAUUCCUUCGGCGAUAUAUGUGUCUAAUAAGAAUCGACUACGGGACCGAGAAUCUCACCUGUCGGUUUAUUCAGCUUCGGAAGGAAAAUGGAAAGCUCUUUACUGGUCGCAAAUAUUCAGCUCAAGCUGGAUGGGAGUAUAUUUUGCAACAAAUGCGAGAAGAAUUUCCUACUAUAAUGGCUAACGUGCACUACAGAGUACUGAAGAAGAAAUGGUCGAACCUGUUGCAACAGUACAAAGAGCUGAAGAACCCGGUACACGGAGAUAGAAACAAAGCGAACGAUGUCUCGUGGCCGUUUUACAAUGCGAUCGACGAAGUUCUUGGAUACGAUCGAGGGACCACGCCGAUCAAUGACGAGUACAUCGAUCCCCAUGAAUUCCUUUGCGUCUCCGUGACACCGGAAGAGCCCACCUCAUCCGUGAACGCGCUUCCGGCGCAAUCCGAUCCGGAAAUUGAGCAUCGAACCAACGAUUCGUUUCCGGAACAAAGGUUAAGGGCUCUUAGUGCUAAUUGUUCGAUUGAAGUUCAGAAAGUACGACCAUCGGGGGUUAGCAAGUACAGUGGUACAAGUAAUCGUGGAAAACAAAUGGUCAGAAAUUCUGCGAGGAGGAAACGGUAUACGAAGAAUGCCCUUAUGUCGCAGUUACCACGUGCCACAGAGUUGACGAUUGAGAAAGUGACGUCAGAGGCGGACUGCUCCAAGGAUUUAUUCCGACUACGUGCAAGCGACGUCGCGUCGAACCGGGACAAAGAACGGGCGGCGCGUAACGAGGAUGAGGAAAGGCCGAGAAAGUCGCAGAGAAGUCUGCUAAUACCGUAUCGCGAUGAUCACGAGACACAGACCGAUCGGCGUAUCGAGCAGAUCUUCGAGUACAUCAAAAGACGGGACGAGGAGAAUAGAUCUAUCAUGGUGCGAGUGAUGCACGCUGUAGAAAGCAUCGCCAACAAGCUGUGACAUUGCGGAGGAUAUAGAACAAGGGAGGGAGAGGGAAUGGAACUGCGUCUGAUCACUUUUUAGAAAUUAUGUAACCGAGUGAUUAAUGAUGCGAUAAGAUUAUGUAGAUGAUGGUUUUCUACCUAACUUUGUAUUUACAGCCUUUACUUUUAUGAGACGACGUGGGUGAAUAAUGGGAGGACCAUCGAAAAUCUUUCAAUUGAAUGAAAAUGUUUUUGAUUCCUAAAAGAAUUUUCUUUUGGAAGUUUUGUACAUGUAUAGUAAAGAAAGACUUGUAGCUUGUAAGCUGUUGGUUUUAAAUAAUUGAAUGUAUGAAGGAUAUAAUGUCCACGUUUUUGGGAAGUAACUGAUGUGAUGGGAAGAAUUUUCUUUUAGAGAAUAUUGUUGAGCUAAU